AUGUUAGCAGAAGACGAAUUUCGAUCCCAUGAUGAUAAUGUAACUCCUGAUUCAGAUGCAGACGAGGUUGAGUCUGCUUGGAAACCUCUUGAGCGCAGGAUCAAACCACAUGAAUCCGGUAUGAGAGUUGAACGGUUGGUUAGAGCGGAUUUCCGAGCCGAAUGUGAAGAAGAUGAAUAUUUAGACGCAAUGUAUGCUGAUCCUGAAAAUCAAUUGGAAGAAGUCCUCAGUGAAGAUUCUGAUGAUGAUUUCGAGGAAGAGCUGGAAGAAGAUGAUACGGAUGAUGAUGAUCGUGAAGACGAUGAUGAAUCCGAUGAAUCUGAUGACUAG